GUCAAAUAUUUUCAAAAAGUCCUAGGGUAUAUAUGAGAUUCGCAUACAAUACCAAAGUUGUUUCAGCGGCGUAGAAUGUUGUCCAAGGAGCAGAUUAGUCCAAGUCGAGCGGAUGAGGUAGCAGAGGUACAAUGAAUGCCCCAAUCGUCCCAGUCAAGAUCAAAGGACUGUGUACUUCGGUGAAUAAAUUUCUGAACGAAGUACCGAGGCCUUAUUCAGUCUUGACGCGACUGCAACAACUGAUAAUUCCAUUCAUUCAAACGGCGGACGAGGAUACCAAAGUCAUCCCAUCCGGUCAAGGCCUGACAAUACCAGUCUCCACUCCCGGCUCCCUCCGCUAUAGCCUCGAGGACCCGGACCUGGCCCCGUCUCGUAACGGCGUCACGAACGGCAUUACUGACACAAACACCCCCAUCUCCCACCGUACUACCCUCGUCGAACCCCACCCCUCCCCCUCCAUCACCUCCCUCCUCAACCUCUCCCUCCCCACCACUGGCACCGGCCCCCCCGGCCUCACCUCCCUAGCACGCCUCCUCCUCUCCUACUCUGUCAACACCUUCAGCCCCGGCUUCCUCGACAAGCUCUACGCUGCCACCAACGCCCCGGGCCUCGCCGCCGAGCUCCUCCUCGCUACCCUCAACACCAACCUGCACGUCGCCCACGUGUCGCCCGCGCUCACCGAAGUCGAGCGGACGACUAGCUUCGCGCUCGCGAAGCUCGUCGGCUGGGACCGCGAUGCCGUGGAUGCGGAGGGGAACCGCCCCUUUCGGUUCGCUGGCGGGGUCGCGCAGAAUGGUGGCAGUGCGAGCAAUCAGUUGGCGAUGUUGAUUGCGAAGGUGACGAUGUUUCCGGAGACGAAGGAGGGGGGGAACGGCGCGGUGCCGGGGGGGAAGAGGUUGGUGGUAUUGACGAGCGAGCAUGGGCAUUAUAGUGUGGAGAAGGCGUGUGUGAUGGCGGGGUUGGGGUCUGGGGCCGUUCGGACGGUGAAGGUGGAUGAGCGGGGGAGGAUUAUUGUGGAGGAGUUGGAGAAGGAGAUUGCUGCGGCGAAGGAGAGGGGAGAACUGCCGUUUUUCGUGAAUGCGACAGCUGGGACGACGGUGUUGGGGAGUUUUGAUCCUAUCGGGGAGAUCGCGAAGGUCGCGCGGAGAGAGGGAUUGUGGUGCCAUGUUGAUGGGUCGUGGGGUGGUCCAGUGCUGUUUUCGGAGAAGUUGCGAAAGGGAAGACUUGAUGGGAUAGAGGAUGUGGAUAGCAUGGCUAUCACGCCUCAUAAGAUGCUCGGAGUACCGGUUACCUGUAGUUUCCUGGUUGGCAGGGACUUGAGGUUAUUCAAGGCUGCAAGCACGCUCAAGGCAGGAUAGUAAGUCUGAACAGUGUCCGUCCAUGGGACCACCUCCCCUAACUCAUCACAGCUUAUUCCACAACGAGGAAGAAGAGUCCGGCGAGUUCUACGAUCUAGCAGACCUAACGCCCCAAUGCGGACGAAAAGGCGACGCCCUGAAACUCUUCCUCGGCUGGAAUUACUACGGCACGUCC